UUCCGCCCCCUGAGAGUGCUUAGAGGAAGGCCUCCCGCCCCAUUGACUCGCCCGAGUGUAUACCGAAUUUGGGAUUCCGACAAACGAGGGAAAAGGUUCGCUGGGCUUUAUAAUGCGCCGCGCGGGGCCGUGCGUGGCAUCGGCGCAGCACCAGCUGUUCCGCCACCUCGUUCUCCGCUCUUCCGGCAGGCCGCGGCCUAGCGCCGUCGCCAUGGCAACCGCAGCCUUCCCAGGCCCGACGGCCAUGGAAGAAGCUCUGAGCCGCGCGGUCCCGCCACUGCCGCCUUACGAGACCCGGGAGAAAGUGGCGGCGCCAGCCGGGGCCGCCCUGGAGCAGCGCAGCGCGGAGUUCAUGCGCUACUACCGCGCCCUGGAGAGCGGCAGGCCGAGGGCCGAGCUGCUGAGCCGCCUGGCCCGCGACUUCGGCGUCGAGCACGGCCGGGUGGCCGAAGUGAGCGGGAAAGUGGCCCGGCUGCUGCAGCAGCAGCAGCAACAACAGGAGGCAGCUGGGGAGAAAGGGGAGCACGAACCCGGCGCCCUCCUGCAGGCCGAGGACCGGCUCCGCCACUACCUCACGCCGCGCUACCGGGGCCUCUUCCAGCACCUCGGCAGGCAGGAGGGCGGCCUCCGCUUCCUGGUGGAGCUCCGCAGGGACCUGCUCGAAGCCCUGGCUGCCAGGGAGGCCGAAGGGCCGCAUGUCAGGGUGAGCCCCGGGAGGGUUUCUCUUUCCUUACAUUCAGAUAUGUGUGUGUAACUCAGAGGAGACCAGCGGAAAACUCAGGGACGCAAUUUCGCCAUGUCUAUUAAUUUCAGUGUGUCUACUCUUGAAUAAGGCUUAGUUGGUUGCAGCCCAUAUUUCGUACCGCCUACUGUUACAAAUCUCGUAAGCGGCUUACAAUGUAUUCAUUAAUAGCUUUAUUUACAUCCCGCCUUUCUCCCAGUGGAAGACCCAAGGCGCCUCCCAGUAUUAAUUUUAAACGGAUUAAGUUAAAGCUAUUUUUAUUUAAAACAACAGCAACACACAUAUAUCAAUAAAAUGUGGUCUGAAGUGAGGUUUGUUUGCAUGUACGGUAAUGGGAAAGGUAAACAUCCUCUGCAGCUCCAACUCCUUUAAAAACAGCCUUGCAGGCAGAAAUUCAUUGACGUUUAUCAUAAUUAUUAUUAUUUAAAUGGCAUAUAUCACUGUUUUAUAUUCUUGCACCCAUAGUUCUUCAGUGUUUUAACUUUGGGGGUUGUAUUAUUUUUGAAUAUGUGUCUUAUUUUUAUUUAAAUUGCUUCAUAAACUUGUUUAUUAUAAGCCAAAGAACUUUAAGCUAUUUGGGUGGCGAAUGUAUACAACAGCCCUGUGAGGUUGAUAAGGCUGUCUUAAUUUUUAAAAGUCAUCUCAACCAGAAGCCAUCAACAUAAUCUUGUGUCAAAGCCAUAAGUUAAUGAUAAAUUGUGUGAAGGACUCUGUCUCAUCUGUGCUACUUUAGGUCAGUCUUUUUGGGCAACCCCAAAUUUUAGUGCUGUAGAGGUAAAAACAGUAUUCAGUUGAACAGCAUAACUUUGAGGUAGGAGGUGAAGAAAUCAAUGGUGCAAAGGGAGGCGUUCUUGACAGCUUACAUCUCCAGUCAGUUUUUCCUCUGACUGAAGACUCAGUGUAGUCCAAAUCUGCAUAUCUUUCUAGAUUGCACAUUCCCCAGUUUUUUAUAGCUCUAUUUCUGUGCUGCUGCAAUCUGAUACACUGAAAUUAAGCAGGUGAUGACCUUCCUGGAACUUCAUGCCAAGAACAUCGCCUGGUUUGCUUUUGUGGCAGGCUGCUGUUAAAAGUAUGGAAGUGAGGCCUGCAGGAAGAGUGAACAGCCUGACAAGCUUUGGAAAUGUCAUGAAGCCUACCAGUUUGAUCUGACCCACUCUUUACUUCAUUGCCCUGGGAGUCUUUGCUCUCCAUUUGAGUGAAGUUUAGAAUCCAUGAUGUGAUUGCAUUUUAUUCUGCUUGGGUGUUGUUGCUUUUAACUAGAUCUGAUGGGGCAUUCUAUAGAUGCAGAUAAAUGCUGGUAGUGAAGAGAAGGCUCCCCGUGACAGAAGUUCCCUUCCCAAAAUGUUAAAGUUGAUGAAGCCAGCAUCAGGGUCAAAAGGCUCAUCCCCACUGUCCCCUUCAUCCCAUAAGGUUUCAGCACCUGAAGUGGACUAUUACUACAACUUAUCCUACCACAAAAUAUAAACUAUGUUCUAUUUCACACUUCUCAAACUCUUCAGUCCUACCUCAAUGCCUACUCCUGCACCAAAGAUCAGGGUUCUAAACCUUGUGGGGAGACUACAUGAGUACAUCAGGCUCCCUGCCACAGAAGUUCCCUUCCCAACAUAUAGGGAAAAGUUUUUUAAAAAUUCAGGAGAGUGAAAAUUUGACACAUAUUUGUUCCUUAUAUGUAUGGGAUGUUAGACCAGGGUGAGAUGGGGUAAAUGGGGGCAGGUUCAUUCAUGCAAUACGUGGGAGGGGGUGUGUGGAAUGGUCACACAGUUAUGUGUGUACAAUGUCAGAUACUCAUAUACAGCACUGGCAGACAACGCUUACUAGGGCAAAGUUUGUGUGUCAGUGCCAAAGUUCUGUUUUCAGCUGCUUCAGAUCAGCACAUGAUGUGCUGAUAAUAUUCUUGGCCUUUGCAGCGAAUGCUGAACGAAACGCAAGAGGUGCAAUCCAACUAUUUCUGCAAUAGCCUUGAUGUUAGGCAAGAUACACGACAUAUACUCUAGAUUUUAAGAAGUUUGACUGGAGAGUCUGUUGAGAAAAAUUGUUUUCAUAAUACCUGCUGCAUAUUGUACAGCUCAUACUUGUAAGAAGCAAGCUGUUUAUAAUUACAAGUAUUAUAUAUCUAGUUCAGAGUGUAGGAAUAAUGUUCAGAACGCAAGUCCUUCUUCCUUCUUCACUGGUUUGUUCCAGCAGUGUCCUUUGGCAGUGGUAGGCUGGCAGCGAAUGCUGAUCCCCAGCCCCCUGGACAGAGACACUGAAUAACACUACUGUUUAGUUCCAUUAUUGUAUAGAUACCCAGAAAUUGGUACCCUUUUCCUGGACCUAUAUUUUUUGGUUGCAGCUCCUCUCAGCUAACUAGUAGCCUUUCUAAAAGAUGACAGCAUCAGCGGUUAAAUAUUUUCCCCCAUCCACAUAGAUACAGUUUAGCAGGAGCAAACAGAAUGUUCCCAAAACGUCAUUUUAAAAUGACACACUGUGCUAUAGUUAUAUGUGGUUUUAUAUCUGGUUAAUUCAGCACUACAAAUUGGAAGCUCCAGAAGCCUUAUCCUAUAAACGUGCUUUAGUAACUUCAGUCUAAAUAGCUUCCUGUAGAGUAGCAGUUCUGCCAUAUGUGUCAGGAGAACAGUUAAUCCUUGUUGAAGAUCCUGCUUUUGAGCCAUCAAAUGGCGUUUUAACAUAUCUUGUUGAGCUUCUUACAUGCCCAAGCACUGAUCAAGUGAGUCCUCUUGUGCUGCAUUAGUAUGCUGCAGCCAGGACAGGGCAAAAAAUACUAGUGUAGUAGAGUCAGUGACUGCUGAGGUGGCCUAUUGUGAGUUCUGGAAUUUUCAUACAUAAUCCCAGGAGCUGCUACAGCAUCUUGUAGGAUGAGGCCAUCACCAGCAAUAGUUUCCACACGUUCACAGCAUUUAUUUAUUCUCUCCCUUAAUGGCACUACUUCUAUCCAAUGCAUGACUGAGUAUAUUGCAGUCAUAAAUAAGAUUGUUUGGUCAUCAAGAUACAAGUGCUGUUGGAAUAUGACUGAAUUAUAUGUUUUUAGACAUGAUUUGUAGUCCUCAUCUUGCUGGUCUUGCUAGUGUGACCGAGGCUGAGGUCAUUGGAGCCCUACUACUCAUGAUGAACAAAUUGUCCUCGGCAGCAGUAGAACUGUAGCCUGUUCCUAUAGCUCGGAGCAUAUAAGUAGAAAUGUUGAAUGCUGCAUUAUGUGAACAAUGAAUAGUGGAGUUUAUAUCGAGAGAGAAUGCACAUCCCUCAAAAUAUGGAUAGAUUUGUAUUCAAGGAUAGUAUUCUAAGGUUAAACAGUCACCAGGAUCAAGAGCAAUGGCCCAGAGAAAAUGACUCUACUCCUUAGUGACUAGUUGCUAAGAAACAGUAAAUGUCUUCCUGCUGAAUUUGUGGAAGAUGAUAGAUUCUUGUGACCUAGGUACAGCGCUUCUAUUCAGGCAUAUCUACCAGCAAAAGUUCAACUGUACAUUUUAUGGUAAAAAGAAUUUCCCUGAGAGUAUAAAAAAUGUCCUUUGGUAGCAUGGAAGACCAUCUGUUUUUAAGCGCCAAGGAGAUUUUGCUUUUCUUUCAAGGCAUGAUGUGCCCCAGAGCUCCUCUUUAAGUCUCAUCGCCUAUAAAGUUUUACACAUCUCCGUAGUCAAAACAAUAGUAAACCAUGUGGACAGCACAAUAAUAUUGUUUCUAAAAAUGGUCUUGACACCAGUAUCUGACUAAGCAGUCAGACCUUUGCAAGUGAAACAGGGAUUGUAGAAAUUCUAGCUCAAUAUUUAAAUAAGGCAAACAGUCAAGAGGAGAUUUUGCUGUUACAUAUAUUUCAAUGAGGACAAUAACUUUCAAAGUGUCCUUUGCAAGGAGCUAACAGCUUGAAAUUCUGAUUUUAUAAAUUGCUCAUUUAGGUUUACAUGCAUCAUGGCAACCCUUGUGUGCUAUUACAUAUCCAUUAUAGAAGCGGACAAUUAUUUAUUUAUUUAUUUAUUUAUUUAGGUGAUUUAUAUACUGCUUGAUAUUUCAAAGAAAUCGCAGAGUGGUUUACAUAAUAAAAACAUCAGAAACAAACACAGAAACUACAAUAAAAAUCAACAUUUUAAAGCAGCACAAAACAUAUGGAGACCAUAUUGCCACUAGUAGAUCCAAAAUACAGAAAUAUAACAGAAGCAAGCAGCCCUGUACCAAAUAUAGAAGUUUGCAUGUAUUCUCAGUUCUGCUGCUAUUAUCUCCCUUUACUACAGGAACAUCCAGAUCCACAACUGCAACUUCACUAGUAGUCUUCAAACGUUAAUUUAGAGAAAAGGUAGUUAACUCCAAGUAACUCAAAUUAAUGACAACCUGCAUUACAAUAUUCUGGGGUUUUCUUAAUGGAAGUUAGAACUGCUUUAAUUUUUAUGCAUUAAGUCAAUGGUUCACAACUGAUUGUUUCUCCAUUACCCCAUCAUCCCCAACCUAAAUUGGGAAGGAGGGCUACCCUUUUGUUCUAAUGAAGCUUCCUUGUGCUUGGUUUUAGGAGUUGGCAAAUGAUAUUAUAUUGUCGCACAUUAAAAACAUGAUCCUCAUAUACAGAAGGCUGUCUGCAUAUGACUGUGCAAGAAUCACUUGCGUUGGUCCAGGAUUAGGUAACCCAGAAAAUAUUAAAUUGUGUAUUAGGAAGUAGAAGCAGCAUAAAGCAAAAAGUAUUCCAGACUUUCUUCCCUAAUAAUGAGCUUAUAUAAGAAAUACAUUGACCAUACUCAUUAAAUAUGUUUCUUAGGUUUUUGGAAAGAACAAUAAUUUUCUGCCUCAUAUGUGAUGCUGUAGAAAUUCUAUCUGGAUUCAUGUCUUGCCAUCUGAGCUAGACUUCUUGUGAAGGACAAGAAUGUUAAUUCUGGAGGCAUUAGGUUUUCAGUUUCUCUUACUGAUUUGGAGUUAGUAGACUCAGAACAGUAACAGGUUCUUCCUGAUCGUUGAGAGUUUGUUUUGUCUACAGCAGACAUGCUGCUGAAGCUUUUCUGCUUUCUGUGGAAUAUUUUGGGGAUUGUUGCCUUGACUUUUCCAUUACAAGGCAAAGAGAACACUUCUGUUGCAUACAUGGACUCUCUUGCUCCUAGAUGCUCUUCCUUUCCCCCUUUAGCUAUCUGCCUUGCACUAAGGCACAGCUGCUACAUUGUACUUCUUCUCUUUGGCAUCAACGUGUCAUAUUUCUGGUAGUUUACGAUUGGAACUGUUCUCUUUCCUGAUGGCAUCCAAUUAGGAGAAAGAACAGUUCUAACUGACUACCCCCAACAGAUAUAACUAUUAUCUCUCCUCUUUUUCAAGUCUUCUGGCCAAUCAGAAUGGUAGGAGGGCAAAGCAAACAAUUUGGGGGAGGGGGAGGGAAAUGAAGCAGAAAUUUGACUGUUGCCAUUAUAAUUUGUAAUUUGGCCUGGAUGUAAUUAAAAAGCUUGGUGGAUGCUCUGAUAGGAUUCUGAGGGCACCACCAUUGGGACUGUGAUGUUAAAUUUAUUUGAUAUUUAUGACACUCAGAACAUAAUUUGCAUACAGAAAGGAAAGCACCAAACUUGAUAUUGCCAAUUCUGAAAAGAGAGAGUUAAUAGACAUAAUUAAAGGAAGUACAGUGGUACCUCGGGUUACAAACGCUUCAGGUUACAGACUCCGCUAACCGGGAAGUAGCACCUCGGGUUAAGAACUUUGCUUCAGGAUGAGAACAGAAAUCGCAUGGCGACGGCACGGCUGCAGCGGGAGGCCCCAUUAGCUAAAGUGGUGCUUCAGGUUAAGAACAGUUUCAGGUUAAGAACGGACCUCCGGAACGAAUUAACUCCUUAACCACUGUAUCUGUCUUAAUGUGGAACAGAGUAGUUAAUUUAAGUUUAAACAAAAUGUGUGUAUCUGUGAAUGAAGCAUUUAGAGCUAGGAUAUAAAAUUGACUUUUGCUGCUCUGGUGUCUUUCGGGAGACAAUAAUUAAUUUAACUUAAUGCCAUCGAUGGAUUACUGUAGAAUGAAGUAUGUCUAUGGUGUAUACUACUCAGAGCUAGUAUACUAAUCCAGUAGCGAAUAUAGUGUAUAAAAGGAUAAUCUGUUGUUUUUGAUAGAAAAGCUUUCAUUUUGGGGUUUUGGAAGUAAUUACCUUGGUCAAGUGAAAACUCUCUGAUGUAUUCCUUUAAGUACUUCAUUUUUUAUUCUUGUAAGAGCAUUAUGGCAGAUGUCUGUGCUUUGCUGAGAUUGUUCUGAGAUCUCAGUUCAUGAAACUGUGCUGUGCAUUUUUCAAUAAAUCAUCAGGUAGGUGAGGAUGUCCUGAGUAUUUUGUAGCGGCAAACUACCUCAUCACCCUAAUGUCUCCUGCUGGUUGAAUUGUUAUUUUCUGUAAAAUGUCCCUCUAUAUUUAUUUGCUUAAACUGGGGUCUGUGGCAGAGGAAUCUAAACAGUAUUUUUAUGGAUCACCCCCUUCAACAAUUUGCAGACACUUAACAAAUACACCCUCAUACAUGGUUUCAGAGAAUGUUAAACGUUUGCUCUGUAUUAUAGCAAUAUUACCAUUCAAAAAAGUAGGAAUUGCUAGCUGUAAAAUAUUUCAAGAAGGAUUGUUAGCUGUUCUCUAUUCAUUACAAGCCUCAGGUCAGUCUCCACUAUUUUGUGUUUAUUUUAAAAUUACUUAGUCUGUUCCCCCACCACAUCCCCAGUAAACUUGUUUUUAAGCAUAUACUUCAUACAACAAUGCAGUGUUGGGAAUGAAACUCUAGGGGAUUCUUUGGAAAGCCAGUAACUGACUGCACUAGAAAAUGCUCCCAAGGUCAUUCUGAGUCUAGCCAUAAAUUGCAGCAAAUUCAACUACCAAGACAGGCAGGAGAGCUUUUUUUACUAUGCUUCCCAAGAGGUUGAGUUGCCUUGAUGCUAAACCCUCAGCAGCUGAUGUCCCUUUGGAGCAGUGAUGCUCCAGCUGACAUUGCAAGGGGUGAUAACUUGUGGCAGCUGUCACUUACUACACUGUUCAUUGGUGGGCACCUUUAUUUCUAUAAACAGACACUUUUGUAUGGGUUUUUAAAUGUUUUAUUCAGUUUACAUUCUGCACACCAGUUGAAAAACAUCUUACUAUGCCAGAGGACUUGCAAGGAUGUCUGCCAAGGUCCCUCACGGUUUGACAUGAUUUCAUCAGUGUGAACAGGGCCACAGCUGCAGGGUAUCUUCAUCUCCUUUCCAACAACCUCCUAGUCCACAAAUGUGUGGCAGUAGGAGGCAUAGUUUUGCCUGAUCCUCCAUGCAUUGGCCUUAAACAGUACAGCAGAGCUCAUAAUCGACCAUUGGCUAGGAUGGGCUAGCAGACAGGUUACCUAAGCUGCACUUGAGAAAUACUGCUGCAGGGAUCAAACAUAGCUUCUUGCUUUAUUUAUACAUACAUAAAUAAAAAUGGUUUUUUAAAAAAAAUAUAACUCCUUGCCUCCUUUUUCUGUUUUUGGAAAGGCUGUUAUCUAAAGUUAACACAUAAGCUGGUGAUUGCAUCACAUUUAAUUAUAUUUCUCCUAUCAUGUCCUUCUGCCAGAAUUCUCCAGGAAGUAUAUAUAGAGUAGGCUGUGAAAGACCAUUAAAUUUAAUUCAGUUGGAAAAAAGUGAUUGUCAAAACAUGCAAGCAGUGUUCCUGUCAUCUGAAGUGAGGUGGGUAGUGACCAGAGAAAGGACCUGCUCAAUUAUAACACUCAAUUUAGGGAACCGCCCUCCAGCUUCCAGCAAAGCUUGCAUGGCACCCACAAUUUCAGGCACCAGGCAAAGACCUCUCUGUUCUUAAAUCUUGAGCUUUGGCCCCCUUUAAUCUGUUACUUUAAAAAUCUGUUGGUUAUUGUUGUUGGAUUUUAAAAAUAUUGACGUGUGACUUUACUGAUCUCUUUUCUGCAUAGAAAUGCUUCAACAUAAUAAUGAAAUACUUAUUUGAGUGAAGACUAGUCAUUAUAAUUUAUAUUGAAUAUAAUAGAAGACUAAGACUCUAGUCCUGCAGGUAUUUACCUGGGAGCAAAUCUCAUUGAACUCAGUGGGGGUUUCAUUUUGAAUAGAUGCCAAUAGUUUAGUGCUGUAAGCAAUCCUCUUACAUGAAACUAUGUUGUUAUGCUGCUUCUACUGCUGAAUUGAUCAAAUGGUUUCCCCCCUCUUAUUUUUAGGAAAUGAAUGGAGUGUUAAAGAACAUGCUGUCAGAAUGGUUUUCCACAGGAUUCCUAAAUUUAGAGCGAGUUACAUGGCAGUCGCCUUGUGAGAUUCUUCAAAAGAUUAGCGAGUAAGUGCCAAGAAUUGCUGGUGGCUUCUUUUUUAAAAGUUCAGGAAGUCAUGUACACAUGCAGAUUCAAGGUUGCAUGACAAAAUAAAUCUAGGGGAGAGAGCAGACCUUUGUGAAUGUCUUCUCUCUGUGUUAAAAUGUAAUUGUUAUUUUUCCCCCCAGUAGUGAAGCUGUACAUCCUGUUAGAAACUGGAUGGACAUGAAACGCCGUGUUGGAUCUUACAGAAGGUGCUAUUACUUUGCCCACUGUGCAAUACCUGGUGAGCCGUUGGUUGUUCUGCAUGUUGCACUUACAGAUGAGAUAUCUAGCAGCAUCCAGGUAUAGUUGCUCGACUUAAUUUGUGAAAAAUUUUGUUGCACGUUAAUCAUCAGGCCUUGAGCAUGUGACCAUGGAACACUUCCAAGCAGAUUCUUGGAAAUAAAGUACCUGAACAUAAUCAAGCAGUAUUUUCUAAGUGAAAACUUGUGAUUGAAACAAAUGUCUUAAUAUAAAAUUUCAAGUAAUUCCAUGAAAAAAUUGCUUUUGUGAGCAUGUUAAGUAGCUCAUUUGUCUAUACUAACCUCUGUUAAUCAUUUGUGGUCAAGAAGAAGAAAAAUAUAUCAUUAAUAAUAAUUGUUCAUGAAGCUUCCAUGCUUAGUCGCCUAGAGUGAAUUGUUGCUCUGUAUUGAUGACUAAGGAAGUGAUUGGCCUGUCUUAAUACUAUUUCUUAGAUGUCUCUUAUUCCUUUGUUUACAAAUAUUUUUGAAAGUCAUCAAACAGAGCAGCAAGUGCUUUUAUGCAUGUUAUCUUUAGAAGUAAGAUUUUCUUGUGAAAUUUCUUGGAACUGUCCAUAGAGAUAAUAAUUAGAAUUAAGGAAGAUUCAUAGUUACAUGUGGUGUCCAGAUCGUCUGAACCAGAAUUACAAAAGCAAGCUUAAUGUAGAUUUGCAAACUGAUUUGAAUUAAGGUUUAUUUGUUAAAGCAUUUUAUAUACUUCUCUUUGUCCUGUUGGGUUUCAGAACAGUGUAUGAAGUCUGAAUUGACAAACCAUAGUUGAGGCUGUUGCUCUGCCUUCUGGAAGCCGCUUGAACACAAGGUUGAGAGGGCUGAAUAGUAGCAAAACACAAACAAACAAGCAGCUCUGAACUAUGAUUAGUGCAAGCAGUGGUUUGGUGUGAUGUUCAAAUUCAGCCAGUGUAGCAGAGAAUUAAAUAGUUGUCAUUUUAGCCCUGUAAAGUGUUAGGCAUUAGGCUACUGCUCAUACUUCACAGCAAUAUUACACUCUGUUGAUGAAAAUAGGAGACUUAAGCAAACUUUGGCCAUUGUCCUGAGACUUUCUUUAGGCAAACAGAAGGGCUUGCACAUGCCCAGUUGAGCACUGACAUCUUGUGUUUUCCUAUUAUCAAGCCCUAAUGCUGCACCAUGAGCUGCUUGUUAAACUCUCAACAUGACAGCUGAGUAUGCAAAGCAAGUCUUCUGGGUCACAGGAUUUUGGCUUAUGUAGGAUUCAGUGGGUUAUAGAAUGUGAAAUUGUUGAAUUUUGAUGGUGAUUGCAGUUACUAAUGUUACUUAUGGUUAAUUUUUCUCUAGGCCAUAGUGAAGGAGAUUCCCCCCUUAGAAGUUGAGGAUCUGAACAAAAUCACUACUGCAAUUUUCUAUUCAAUCAGCUUGACUCAGCAGGGCCUGCAGGGUGUGGAGCUGGGGACGUACCUCAUCAAGCGAGUUGUUAAGGAACUGCAGGUAUGUGUGAAAAAUUGCCAUCUGGUUAUAGCACUAGAAUCUAAUUUGUAUUUGCAGUGGUACCUCUGGUCGCGAACGGGAUCCAUUCUGGAUACCCACUCGCAACAUGAAAAGAGCGCAACCUGAAGCACUGUAUCUGCGCAGGUGCGUGGUGCGAUUUGGCGCUUGUGCGCAUGCGCGAGCAGCGAAACCUGGAAGUAGCCCUUUCCAGUAUUUCCGGGUCGCCAUAGGACGUAACCUGAAAGAACAUAACAUGAAACAAACGUAACAUGAGGUAUGACUGUAUCUUCAUUUCUUCUGGUGCACUUGUACUUGAAAUGCAGUGUAUAGGAACACAGGAAACUUCCUUAUGCAGAGUCAAAUCAUUGAUCCACCUUGCUCAGUAUUAUCUGCAUAGAAUGGCAGCAAAGUUCCAAGGUUCCAGGAAGAAAUCCUUUGCAGGAUUUCUAGAAAUACCAGGUAUUGAACCUUGCAUGCAAAUUAUGUGCUCGACCACUGACCACCCUUCCCCAAAGGUAGUGGUGGGGACACUCUGGAAUGCAAGCCAGGGACCACAAACCACUGGACCUCAAAAGUUUGGCCCACCAGGUUGUUUGGGAGUAAACCAUGCCCACCUCUUCAAAGAGCCCUGUUGGAAAUUCGCAAGGAAACUUAAAAGUAUGCCCCAAAUUAGCAGUGUGUAGUGUUCACCCUACUUUUCCAGACUUCCUGAUAAUGAGAUUCCUGUGUUCAGAAACUGCUUAGGUCAAAUUCACAUAUUGGAAGAGCCAGAGUGUGACUUUCCCUUCAUCAAGUGUGUGAAAUGAGGCAUUCUGAAAGAGCCCCAACAUGGUAGGAUUGUGAAGAUCAUCUCCUGGAAAACAUUUUUAUUAUGAUAAAGUAACAUUUGUUAACUUGCUACCAAGGUGUCCUGUCACAAAGAAUCAUUUAUGUCAUAUCUAAUGAAUGUGAAAAUCUUACUAUAAUACUUCCACCUCACCUGUUAACUUAGGUUUCUGGAAAUUACCACUCCUACUGGGUUUGGGAUUGUUCACUUAGGUUAAAGUCCACGGGUUUUUCGUGUGAGCGCUGUAUGUUUUAAACCUAGUGUAAGGCAGAUGCUUCGGAAUUUGUCUUAAGAGUGCAGCCUACUCAUUUAAAUACCAAACUAAAUUACUUGGUACUGCUCCAUUUGCUGGGGUUCAUUCCCAUAGAUACUAAUGUGUUGUAAUACAUUUCUCAUGGCUGGAUGUGAAAUAUCCUUUGGGGAAUAAACAAUGCAGGGAAAAUAAGAUAUAUCAUUAUUUGCUUUGUUUUCUCUCAUCUAUUUGAUUAAUUCCAAAUCACUUAAUUUCAAGCUUCUGUAACUUUUAAUUUCCCAAGAAAAAGAGCAUGUUAAAUUAUUGCCAUCAUGGCUGUGUCGGAAUGUGAAGUGACAUUACUUUGAAGUUUGAACUGGAGUGGUGGAAAUUUUAACCAUUUGAACCCUGAGAUGUUUGUGAACUUCAGUAACUGUGGGUUAGUUUAAGAGGAGAAACAGGAAUAGCUGGGGCAGUUCUGUCACUAAAAGGACAUGAGUGCAAAUAGAAUUAUGUGUAAAACAAAUCACAGCAAAACACUUUUCUAAAUUUUUGUAUUUGGGCAGGGACUCUGACACAGUAGUGUAAAACUGUGUAGAGCUCUCUUAGCAUCAGCAAACAGACUGAUAUUACUUUAGCUCAGUAAGAGUUAAGCAAGGGACAAGUGUCUUACCAAGGAAUGGGGACUUUUGACCUUCUUCAGUUACUCUUGUUUCUUAAGGCAGCUCAUCCCUUUAUUUGAUAUCUGCAUAUGUGGGUACAUGGCAGGAAACCCACACCAAGCUUUCUUAGACAGCAGAAAAUAAUGUAACUUGAAAGUUUAACACUUUACACAAAAUCACAGCCUAAGUAUUUUUAAAAUGUAAUGUUAGAAAAAAGAAAACUCGCUAGUCAAGUUAUUUUGUAGAAAGCUGGAGGAAAGUAAGUACAGAAAAAGGAAACAUGAACCUUUGCACACAGCUUGUGGUUAAUUUGCAGCAUGUAAACAGUCUCUAGAGAUAUGAUCAAUAUGAAAUAUUUAAUCAUUUUCCUGCAGCCUUUGAUAUGCCCCAGGUUAACCACAAUGGGCAUCUAUCUAAGUUGCAAAAGGAACAGGGUUACCUAAGAUGCUGCACUUUUUUAAAAACUAGGCCAUUCUCCAGUAAAAAUUAUUCAGUCCUUUAUCCAUGUUUGCCUUCACUUUAACCCAGUGUGACACUUCUGUCUGUAAAUGCCACUGUAGCCUCAGAAACUGCAUCUCAGCUGCCACUCUUCAUAAAGGUAGCUGCAAACAUCACCUAUUAACAUGUCAUGCUACUAGAUCACAAACAGUGCCCAGGAUUGGGAGCGUGCAGUCAUUCUAGUAAAUAUUUUUGUGUGUGACAGCAGGCCACAGAUUUUGAUUUCUGUUUCCUUUCCCAGGUAUCAGUAGGAAUUAGCUUUAAAACUUUGCAAUGCAUCUGAUAAAGUGGGUUCUAUCGGAUAAAAGCUUAUGCUGCAAUAAAUUUUAGGCUGUAAGCGUGUCAUAAGACUAUAUGUGUUAAAUCUUUGCAAAGUGCAAGAUAGGACCAACAAACCAAGCUUAUUUUAAGGAGGAGUUAUUCUGUCUGGUGAGGCUGUUGGCAAGGACUGCUUUAAUCUGUUAUAGUCAGGAUAAAGAUGGUGGCAUUGCUUUCUUUUUUCCCUUGCCUUGGCUAAUGCAGUUCAUUGUUGUUUUAGAUGAGUCACUGAUAAUAGAAAGGAAUCUGCAACCUUCUACAGAAGCAGCAACAAAAUAAACCCAGCAUCUACUUCUUAAUGGAGUGUGGGUUUCUGACAAGGAAAUAAACAUUAACGGAUCUCUACUAGCAACCCUGGAAAGUAGCACAUCAAUUUAGCAGCAGCAUAAAUGGCCAUGCUUUACUGCAUCUAUUUAUUAUUUUCUUCAGGAACUGGCCACAUAAGAUAAGCUUCUAAACUCAGCCAUUCAUCAGAUAUGAGAUACUACAAAAACUAGGUCGUUUUGCCAAUUUGUCUUGUUAUUUCUUAAAAUAAAAGAAGCACAUGAUUGCUUUUCUUAUCCCUCCCCCCAUUCCAAAUAGACUCUGCCUUAAUAAAUUAUGCUGAGGUUUACUCUUUUUUGUUUGUAAACAAAAGAAAUGCUAUUAAAAACACAUCAAGUUCUACAUACAGGAGAGUGCUGUUGCGCUUACAUCCUGCUUGUGGGCUUCCUAUAGCCACUGUGGAGGCAAAGUGCUGAACUGGUCUGACCCAACAGUGCUCUUACAGUACUAGAAUCAUAGAAUUGUACAGUUGAUCCAGAGCUUUCCCAUUUCACCCGUGUGGACUAUGCUGUUCAAAUAAAUACUCUGUUCAGGUUAGGGGCACCUGAAUUUUUAGCUACAAGCUUUGUUGUUAUGGAAAUAAGAAUGCCUUACUUCCUUGUCCAGGCUCUUUAUUCUAAAAGAGUCCCUUAACUCCUAUCUCUAAUUCAAGUCUCUUAACUCCUACCUCUAACUACCAGUCACUUGGUAUAUGUUAAACUCAGAGUUUGUUUAUUUAACUCUUAUUUUGUGUGAGAUAGACAGAGGGGAGGGAGGCAUAUCGCUGCUGUUCCCUCAAAUUGAAGAUUCCUUUCCAGGGUGACUGCUACUCUGAAUUCCCCACAGUUAAUCUUGGUCUGAUGAAUGGAUACAUUCUUUCUCUGCAGAGGAUGGUGUGUUUGGGGGUAUACUGUUGUAGCUGUCCUGUUGCUAAACAUAUUUAAACUGUGGAUAAGAUAAAUAUUUUUGUUCACCAAGCAGUUUGGCAUCAUCUGAGUUUUUCAAGAGCCUAAGAAAUGGUUGCUUAUCUCACAUACUUGGAGCGGCAUCUAACAGUUGUUAGAGAAUGGCUGAUCAAGCCUUUAUAGUAUGGAAACUACCCUGCUGGGAGCUUAAUUUACUACCUCAGUCUUGGGAUCCUGAGAACUUAAUAUGUUGGACAGAGGAUAUUUAUUUCAUUAGACAGAAAUGAGAGAUGAGGGAUUUGUAUCUUAAAUGUUUUCCCACCUCGGUAGGUAUGUUUUCCAACUGUGUUCUGAAAUGGUUCUAAAAGGAUAUUAAACUCACAUAACCAGCAUGCUCUUGACUUAAGGUCCCAUUCUGCUCAUUUAUGAAGGUGAUCUGGUCUGUUUCCUUUGCUGAUUCUAAGAAUUGAUUUGGCCAGUUUCUGGGAAAACAUAGUAUGUGUUCUUGCUAUUAGACUCCUUAUCCUACUGAGAUAAUAAUAAUAAUAAUAAUAAUAAUAAUAAUAGAUUGCUUUUCUUUAUAAACUGAAAAACUGCAGGUGGAAUUUCCUCAGAUCAAAGCCUUCUCUACUCUGUCUCCCAUUCCGGGAUUCACCAAGUGGUUCCUGGGCCUUCUUUCUUCACAGUCCAAGGAGACGGGCAGAUGUGAUCCUUUCACAGAUCCUGAAUAUCAAGAAAUAUCUGAGAUCACAGGAGACCCUGCUGUUGAAAUUCUAAAGCGCCUCUUAGCAAACAAUGAAUGGGUGAGGUCGGAAAGACUGGUCCGAGCUUUACAGCAGCCCCUUAUGAGACUGUGUGCCUGGUAUCUGUAUGGAGAGAAGCACCGUGGCUAUGCCCUUAACCCUGUGGCAAACUUCCAUCUUCAGAACGGUGCAGUGUUAUGGCGUUUGAACUGGAUGGCCGACACAAGCCCCCGUGGCAUCACUGCCUCUUGCGGAAUGAUGGUCAACUAUCGCUAUUUUUUGGAGGACACUAUGAGUAACAGUGCUGCAUAUCUUGGAACUAAACAGAUUAAAGCCUCAGAGCAGGUUCUAUCCUUAGUAACUCAGUUUCAGCAAAACAGCAAACUUUAAAUAAAUGAGGCAGCUUAAAAACAACAAAUGCCUGUUUAAUUAAAUGAGAGUCAUGUGGUGUUUGUAUAUAAAAAGAGGGAAUCUUGCUGAUAAAACGAGCAGACACUGUCCCUAAUCUCAUCAAGGAUUCAGUAUUGAACUGCCAGGCCAUUCUUGUUGCAUUGACAUGCUUUGCCAGAGAGGAAGAGCACAUUUAUGUUCUGGAUGAUCCUUCCUGCAAACUGAAAGAGCUGGGUAAACUAUACUUAGUGAAAUGGCAAGCCAGUGGUGACUCCUAUGAACUGUGUGUUGUCCCUCGCCUUGCUCACCAAAUCAAUAGCCUUGUUUAAUCCACAUCUUCAAAAGAGUCGCUGAACACCUGAGUGCUCUGACACAUUAAAGGGAGAGGGAGAUCAAUACCAGAGUUACUAGAUAAAAGGGACAAGUAAGGAAAGACUUUUUGUCCAAGUGCACAAACAAAACAGCAUCUCAUAGCACUACUCCAAUAAGAUGUUUGUUUCACACACCCUUCCCUUCUGUUCUAUGCUAAACUCUUUGAUCAGGCCAUCCAUGUUGGCAUGGCACAGAAUGCCACCACUUGAGUUAUAGCUUUGCUAGGUCGGAGCGUGGAAACACCUUGGUGUGGGUUUGUUUGUUUGUGUAUUUUGGCUCAUCUACUCAAGUGCUCUCCAGAUAAGAACUAUAUGGAAUGAAGUGUCUGCAGCUUUGCAGUAACUAGUUAUGAUUUCAGAAGUGAAAUCAAGAGUUCGAAUAUCGAAGAGAGAAAAGUAAGUUGUAAUGUGUUUUAUGAUGUUUACAGACUUGUUUUGAAUAUAAAUGAUAUUUUUUAACUUGCAGAAUUAUUUAUUUAUUAAUCUGAAAUGUUCUACAUUAAAAUAAGAUUUUGCCAUGA